AAAGAUCAGACAAAGGCAGCAGGAAGCCCCUUGGCUUGGCAAUGCGUGCGAGCGGAGCGCAAAAGCAAACUGAAACCUCUCGUUUUUCCACGAUUGCGAUAGGAAGAGACGCUGGAACCGGCGCGGAAUUAUUUUCUGUAUUAAUGUGAUUGUACAAGGUCUUCUUCUCCUUUCUUUUUUUUUCUUUUCGAAAAUGUACGACCGUUUGGAUCCCCGGGGAGAACGCGAAGGGCUAUCACAAGACAAAGUGGGUAGCGCUGUCUGAUCGCUCGCUAUUUCUCCCCCUUUGGUUGAGGAUUGUAUUGGAACUAGCUUUUUUUGGGGGGCUUUUUUUUUUUCCUCUCUCCCGUUUUGAAUCCUACUGCGCAACCCAGACGGAUCACGUGGGACGUGGAGUUGAUCGAUUUGCACAAAUUAUAUGUACGGAGAAAAAAAAAAGAACCGAGAAAGGUGACUAAAGAGGGGGAAAAAAGGGAGAGACGUUUGAUCGGAUUACAAAAGAUCGCAAAACUCGGAAGAAAACACAAGAGGGCUGGAUUAACCGAAAUACAGAUCUCUCUUUUUUUAUGCAGGUCUAAAAUGGAGACGCACAUUUCGUGCCUCUUCCCGGAAAUUUUAGCCAUGAUUUUCAGCUACUUGGAUGUUAGGGACAAAGGUAGGGUAGCCCAAGUCUGCACGGCUUGGAGAGACGCUUCAUACCACAAGUCGGUCUGGAGGGGAGUUGAAGCUAAGUUGCAUUUAAGGAGGGCCAACCCGUCUCUCUUCCCCAGUCUGCAGGCCAGGGGGAUCAGGAGAGUGCAGAUCCUCAGCCUGAGGCGCAGCCUGAGCUACGUGAUCCAGGGGAUGCCAAAUAUCGAGAGCCUGAACCUCAGCGGCUGCUACAACUUAACCGAUAACGGCCUGGGCCACGCUUUCGUGCAGGAAAUACCGUCGCUGAGGGUCCUCAACCUCAGCCUCUGCAAGCAGAUCACGGACUCCAGCCUGGGCAGGAUCGCCCAGUAUCUCAAAAACCUCGAGGUCUUGGAACUUGGCGGCUGCAGCAACAUCACCAACACGGGCUUGUUGCUCAUCGCCUGGGGCUUGCACCGGCUCAAGAGCCUCAACCUGCGCAGCUGCAGGCAUGUCUCGGACGUGGGCAUCGGCCACCUGGCCGGCAUGACGCGGAGCGCGGCGGAGGGCUGCCUCAGCCUGGAGUACCUGACCUUACAGGACUGCCAGAAGUUGACGGACCUGUCGCUCAAGCACAUCUCGAAGGGCCUGGCCAAGCUCAAGGUGCUCAACCUGAGCUUCUGCGGGGGGAUUUCGGACGCCGGCAUGAUCCAUCUGUCCCACAUGACCAGCCUUUGGAGCCUUAACCUGAGGUCCUGCGAUAACAUCAGUGACACUGGCAUCAUGCAUCUGGCGAUGGGCACUCUGAGGCUGUCAGGACUGGACGUGUCCUUCUGCGACAAGAUCGGCGACCAGAGCCUGGCGUAUAUCGCCCAGGGUCUGUACCAGCUCAAAUCUCUGUCUCUGUGCUCCUGUCACAUCAGUGACGAUGGUAUCAACAGGAUGGUGAGGCAGAUGCACGAACUAAGGACCCUAAACAUCGGCCAGUGCGUGCGGAUUACAGACAAAGGACUGGAGCUCAUUGCCGAUCAUUUAACUCAGCUGACUGGAAUAGAUCUCUAUGGAUGUACAAAAAUUACUAAAAGGGGACUGGAAAGGAUCACGCAGCUCCCUUGCCUUAAAGUUUUAAACCUGGGGCUUUGGCAGAUGACCGAAAGUGAGAAAGUGAGGUGAAACUUGGGAGAUUUUAGUGGGAAAGGGGAAGGGGGAGGAGGGGGUGUAGGUGGGGGGGAUUUUUUUCAGCAUUAAAAUAUAAUUAUCAUGUUUGCUGGACUUCGUGGGAAGCGUUAAACAUUUUAACUACAUAUUAAAACGACAAAACUGUGACAUUUUAAUUCCGAAAAAAAAAAUCUAAAUGUGAUUUCAUUUCCCUAUGCCUGUAAUGUAUCACCUAAAUGCCAUUUCUUUUUAAAUUACGGUAACUCAUUGUUUUUUUUUAAGAAAAACUUUUAAAAAACAUUUCGAAUAUUUAAAGCAAGUCACGACGUUUUGUUUACUUCAUUUUUUUUCUCCAAAUGUAUCAAGUCUGAAAACAUUUUGGCUACCUCGUUUAUUUUUUAUAAGCCUGGGAUUUCUUUUUAAAUAGAAACGGAGACUGACAAAUUGUGCCUAGAAGAGAAAAACCCCUCCCCCACAUCGUCUUUUUCCACAGAAACGCAAAAAGAAUGGGUUUUAUUUAGCUACCUACUUUUGUUAGUCUCAUUCGGAUGGUUAGCAGAAGUAAAAAUUAUGUUUCGAAGCACAGCCUGCUUUAUUCAGAUUAAAACAAUUUAUGCAAAGACGUAAAAAAUGAUUUUGGAUACGAAAGCCUCCGUUUUUUUUUGUUUUAGCACAACAGGCCUCGAAGCCUUUAAUUCAUGCUUUGAAUGAUAAGGGUCUCUUUAUCUUAUUUGUUAUGCUUGUAUAAGCAGGUUUUUAAAUUUAAAGCUGUAAUUCAGAGCAUCAUACUUCAAAUUGAAGUGAUUUCUUUAAAAUACCCUUUUUAAAUCAAUUGUUUCUUGUUCACUGAGUGCUUGCACUUGAAUAAGAAAAACGGGCUGGUUUAACUCCCCCUUACUACAAAAAAGCCGGCUUCAUUAUUGUGAAUACAUCCAGUUGUGUUUUGUUUAAAGCAAAAUGGGGAGAUUGGAGGGUGAGAUAAAAUAUGAAAUAAUUGAUAUUUUUUUAGGGUAACAAGCGAAUGCGUGUCAGGCCUAUGUAACUUGAUGUUUUGACCUGCAACAUCUUUUUGAGUCCUGCUGAGAAGCUACUGUAUUGAAUUGUACUGUAUGUGAAUUUGUAAAAAAAAAUCAAAAAAGCAAAGAGAAAAAAAUCACAAAAUU